AUGGUUGAACCUGAAAUACAAUUUAACAUUUCUCAUAACUUUGAGCCAGGCAUGGCUACUCCAAUUUUCACGCGCAUACCAUGGCGCACAGUCAGUAGGCUGGGAGCAUCGGCAAAACCAGUCUUCUCGAAUGCCUUCAAAACACCACAAUGUGCGGUUGCACCAUUCACAUCACAGUCUGUUAGAUAUGCAUCGAAUAAACCUGAUGCACCAGAACCUGCUUCUGCAGGAACAGCCUCGAUAACUCCAUCCACAGCAGAGCCUGCCGCCGAGGAACCCUCCGACGAAGAUAUCUUCAAUGUCCGUUACCCCCGUAACGUUCAAGCAAUCUACCUCAAGCCCCUCCGCCGCGAAGCCAAAUAUGGAGUCCCCUCAUGCGAUCUCCAACUCCGAUCUUACAGUAUUCGUAACCUAGAGUUCUUUUCCGACUUCGCUCUCCGCGCUGCAUAUUAUCUCAAAUUACCUGCAUAUGGACCUGUGCCGCUGCCUAGAAUGAUAGAGAGAUGGACUGUACCGAGAUCGCAUUUCGUUCAUAAGAAGAGUCAAGAGAAUUUUGAGAGAAAAACGUUAAGGAGGUUGAUUCAGAUCAAGGAUGGACACCCAGAGACCGUGAGCCUGUGGUUGGCCUUUUUAAGGAAACAUGCGUACUAUGGGAUAGGAAUGAAGGCGAAUGUUUGGGAGUAUAAUAAGAUUGGCGUGGGUAAAGCUAUGGAUGCUAGUAUGGAGGAGAUGAAGGAAGUUAUGGAGCCACAGUGGGAGUUGUUUGGUAGAGGACAGAGUACUAAGACUGCGGAUAAGGUUAUGGAGAUUUUGAAUAGGGAGAGCUUCAAGGCGGCUGCGGGAGGUAGCGCCCCUGGCGCUUCAGAAUGUGAAGUCACGGAUUCUGCAAGUCGCCGCCCCCCUAAAUCAUGUGUCCAAACGACACCAAAGCACCCAGCAAUCCUCCCCGUCCAAAGUAAUAUUUUCCGGUAUUCAGCCCACUGGAAUACCCCAUCUCGGAAACUAUCUUGGGGCACUACAAAAUUGGGUGCGGCUACAGGAUACAGCGGAAUCGAGUACGAAGUUGUUUUACUCGAUUGUGGAUUAUCAUGCGAUUACGAUACCGCAGAAAAGAGAAGAGCUGAAGCGGUGGAAGAAGGAGGGUUUGGCAACGCUCUUGGCAAUUGGAUUGGAUCCGGAGAGGAGUACGGUGUUUUAUCAGAGUUCUGUUGCAGCGCACACGGAAUUGAUGUGGAUAUUGAGCUGCACGGCUUCGAUGGGAUAUCUGUCUCGUAUGACACAAUGGAAGGUUUGUCUCUGUCUCCCUGCCGCAGAUUUUUACAUACUUCACUUGGCCCUUUCACUGAUACGCAACAGAGUAAAUUAUCUCUCGAAGAUGACGCUUCACCAUUAGAUGGUGGCAAUAAAUCUAAGCUCAAGUUGGGCUUGUUUUCGUAUCCAGUCCUGCAAGCUGCGGAUAUUUUGGUUCAUAGAGCAACCCACGUUCCCGUUGGCGAAGAUCAAACCCAGCAUCUGGAAUUCGCCCGUGAAUGCGCUACAAAUUUCAACCAUGCAUACGGGCCCCAUCUCAUUGCACCUCAGACCCUCCUUUCCCCAACAAAACGCAUAAUGUCUCUCCAAUCCCCCACCCAAAAAAUGUCCAAAUCGCACCUCGCCCCUAUCUCCCGCAUCGUCCUGACUGACUCACCCGACACCAUUACCAAAAAGAUCUCGUCCGCUCUGACUGACUCCCAAAACGCGGUUUCUUAUUCACCUUCUGAGCGCCCUGGCGUUUCUAAUCUUCUCACACUAUGGUCAUCAUUCGAUACCCAAAAUCCAAAACGAACACCUGCGCAAAUAGCCAAAGAAUGCAAGGCAAAGAAGUUUACUUUGGGAGACUUGAAGCGGGAGACUGCCAAUUCGGUGAACACAGGAUUGGAGCCAAUCAGAAAGAAUUAUGAGAGACUGUUGGGGGAUGAAGGGUAUGUAGAGGAUGUAGCGAGGAAGGGAGGUAUUAAGGCGAGGGAAAAUGCAGAGAAGACUAUGGUUGAAGUUAGAGAGGCGGUGGGAUUCUAG